GACUAAUUAUGAAUAGCAGUAAUUGGUCUCAAUCUGCGGAAACCCUAAAUCUGGCUCUCGUUCGUGUCACGGAUUGACAGUCCCGAGCUCUUCACCUGCUUCGCGUCUCUUCUGGAUUUUAUUUAUGGAGGCGUAGCUCAUGAUUUUGGAUGCAUUAAGAACUAUCAGUUGUUCAAGGGCUCGAAAUCUUCCACUUUUGCGUUUGGGUUGUGGUUUUGAUUCGGUAACCUUAAGUAAGAUGCGAGAAAUCAAAGUAAAGGGUAACGCCAGGGAUUUGGCGAAUUCAGCUGACGAAGAGGCUGUAUCCGUAAGAGAUGAUGAGAGAUCUUCGUCUUUGAGCGUGAAAUCAACCCCCGAAAUCGAAAAGAAGUAUGUUCAUCGCGUUUACGAUGCAAUCGCUCCCCAUUUCAGCUCCACACGGUUUGCUAAGUGGCCAAAAGUCGCUGCAUUUCUCGAGUCGUUGCCUUCUGGAUCUGUGGUUCUGGAUGCAGGAUGUGGCAAUGGAAAGUAUUUGGGCUUAAACCCAAAAUGCUUUUUCAUAGGUUGUGAUAUAAGUGAUCCACUUAUAAGAAUCUGUUCGGAUAAAGGCCAUGAGGUUCUGGUCGCAGAUGCCGUGAAUCUUCCUUACAGAAACGGUUUUGGUGAUGCAGCUAUCUCUAUAGCGGUUUUGCAUCACUUGAGCACAGAGAGCAGAAGGAAGAAAGCCGUUGAAGAACUAGUUCGUGUGGUUAAGACCGGCGGUUUUGUUCUUAUCACGGUUUGGGCCGCAGAGCAAGAAGACAAGUCCUUGCUCACCAAAUGGACACCAUUGUCACCAAAGUAUGUUGAGGAAUGGGUUGGACCGGGCAGUCCAAUGAACAGCCCUCGUGUUCGUAACAACCCAUGCUUCAGCCUCGAGAGCAUUCCCGAGACCGAGGAAGGAUCGAGAGAGCAAAAGGUCGAGAAUUUGAGCGAAGGGUCAGUGGAAGAAAUGAAAAGGAAUCAGCAAGAGUAUUUCGUUCCAUGGCAUUUACCGUACCAUAGAGCCGAAGUAAGCGGUGCUUCUGCAUGUGCGCUUGCGAGUGGGCUCGCUAAGAAAGACGAUAGAAAGGGAGCUGUUGUAUACAACCGAUACUAUCAUGUUUUCAGCGAAGGCGAGCUCGAAAGGUUGGCAUCAGGAAUAGGCAGCGCAGUGAUAGUUGAUAGAUUUUACGACAAAUCCAAUUGGUGCAUUGUUCUUCAGAAAACCUCAUGAAGGAUUCUAGACCGGCCGAUCUUGAUCUCCUGGAAUCGAAACCCGGGUUCAAACUCGAUUAUACUUUGAGAUACAAAUCUGUUUGUUGUUUUUCAAUUGGUUGCCUACCCCUGUAAUCGAAGAAUCGUUGGAUCGAACGCUUUUUUUUUCGUGUUUGAGGGGGAAGAGAUAGUGAGACGUUUCUCUCCUUUUGCUUGUAUGGUCUGCAGCUGAGGGGUUUAAAGCUAUGUAACAUUGAUAGUAGAAUCAGCAUAAACUGUGUUGUCUGAA